UGCCUUAGAUGUUCUUAAAGGUGUUAAAGUCAUUAGACGUGAUAGGCCUUACUAUAUGAAGACAGAGUGAGAGCUCUUCGUUUUCUCUCUCUUUUGUAAUCUGCUGGUUCAGCCCUCUGUCAAGCUAGCAGCCAGGAGCUGGCUACUUACAAGACAAUCAGCUAAACCUCUUCAUUUAUAACAUUUUUUUUUUAUCUUCCCCGCCUAUAGUCAUUUUUUAAACACGGUCCGUAAAUCCAGACAGUGCGUAUUUUCCGUGUGUCCUGUCUGAAUAAGAUGGUCGUUUUGACAAAAAACCAUGAAGACCAGGAUUAUAUCCUGAUAGAGGAGCGUAAAUGCACCUCCCUGCCCAACUCUCCCGCCAAGCGAGUGUCCCCCACCAAAAAGAAGCAGUUCUUUAUCAAUCAAGCCAUCCGCAACUCUGACCUCACUCCUCAAGCCAAAGGCAAGAAGAGCCUCCGCCGUCAGGAGAACACACGCUACCUUGCAAAUCUUAUUGAGAGGGACGAGUGCUCCAAAGAUGAUCUGGAAGUUUGCAGUAACCCAGCCAUCCCAUCCAUCUUCACUGAGGCCUGCACCAACAGAAACUACAUAGAGCCAUGGAAUGACUUCAUGAAUUGCUCUGGUGAGGAGCAGGAGAGGCUGUUGUCUCUGUUGGAGCAGGAGGAAGCCAAGAAGAAAAACACCAGCCGGCUGCUCAAAGACCAGGACUGCUUUCAGAGGAUCGAUCGCAGGCUGCGAGUAACUCUGAAACGGAAGCAAAUCCCCAUGGGAACUCUGGAAGUACUUGAGGAAAACCUUCUGAGUUUCUUCAAUGCUCAGCCUCACUCAGUUUACACCACCAACCUCGCUAGCAGUUUUGAAAGACUGCUGCUUCAUGCCAUCUGCCAGUAUAUGGACCUCGUCUCUGCAAGCACAGACUACAAAGGGACACGUCAGACUGAAGUGGUGAACAAACAAGACGAGUUUCUGCCUCCUACGCUUCUGCUGUCUGCCUACCUGGAGCAGAUGAGCUGAGACCAGCACCACAUUCUGUGACCCCGUUUCCUCCACAGGGCUAAGCUGCAGGCAGGAGCUGUGAGAGAUGUAGACCAGGUGCACAGUCUGUACAUAAUAUCUAUAAAGUCCAUCACGCUUAGCAAACAACUGAAAGAUGCCCAUUUCCUCCUGGUUGUCCUUUGGUCUCUGUAGUGAGUUUUCCAUUAAUUUUAGCUAUAAACAAAUCUGGCAUUGCAUAAAUUCUAAAUGUUACAUGAUAAAUAUUAUAAAUAACUGUAGGUAUGUUAACAUGCUAAAGUCAGCAGUCAGCUCAGGCCAAGUACAAGAGGUCGACACAUCUGAGGCUGAAAAGGCACAAACUGAUAAGUCUGACAGAGGUGAGUCCGUGAAGUCCUAACAUUGCCACUGUGCAAAGAACAGCCCAUUUGGAUUGAACCAAACACACUCUUCUUGCCAAAAUUUAUAUUUUCUAAAAUUAGUACAGUUGUCAAAGCAGUUUUCUUCUAUCCACAAAUGUCACUUUCUGGCGUAUAAUGCAAAGUAUCAUGGACCACGACCUAGUUUAAGAAUGAACAAUCUACUCUUUCCAUCCAUAGGUGGGGAUUAAAUGAGUUUCUUUUGUUUCCCUAGCUUUUAAAGUACUUACAUAAAUAUUAAUAUAAUAAUGAUGAAUCAUUCUUCACACUGGGACAGUGUGGUAAUCUCAUGAUCUAAUUUGUGACAAGGACUGAGUUAAAUGAAUUAGCUACAUUUUGGUGAUCAGGCCUGCAUACACUGUACACAAUACACAUACAGUACACAAAGGCUAGUUUUUCUUUUUGUUGACAUUGUGUAGGACCUGAUCAUUGCCUUUCAAAUUAAUAGACAAUUUACCAUUGUCUCCUUUUACAGUUCAAAUAAUAACAUUUCAAAAUAUAAGUUCGAACAUCAUACACCUACACUCUCACAGUUUACUGCCAUGUCAUUUCAAUGUAGAGGCCCCUUGUCACUGUGACUUUAGAGUUCUCUGAGACGUUAGUUGAGUCAUGAAAUGACAGAGAAGACAGUUACGAUGCGUCGUAUGCACCAUUUACUG